CCACGUCGAGGCACUGCUCGUGUUCAGACGCGACGGAAGCAUGAGGCUCCUGUGAAGCCUGGUCCACGUCAAUGCAUCGAACCAGAAUGUGUGAAAGUGGCUCGGGAUGGCAGUAAGUAUUGCAGCGAUGAAUGUGGAAUCAAAUUGGCGCAAGAUACGACUUCUCACUUUGCUUCCCAAGAAAGUCGAGGACUACUACAGAGUGCAGCCGCAGUGCAUGCAAUGGAGGAGUUGCGCGCGAUCGAUCAGAAGAUUGGGAAGAUCCAGGUGCAAACGGAAACGAUGCUCGGAUAUGUCCGAGCGAUUCAAAGAUAUGUGGCGGCAAUGAAGUCGACGACAUCAGUGAGCUACGAUGAAGCAGGGGAUGUUGACUUUAUGGCGAGCUGUACCGUAUGUGGUAUGGAAACAAAUGGGCGUCAGCUGCCAAAGCAUGUAGAACGUUGCUUUGUGCGCUCAGAGAAGCAAACAUCUUUCGGGACUGCUACUCCUGCUUCGUUUAAUCCAGACAAUCUUUUCUGUGAAGCUUACAACAAAUUAAACAACACGUAUUGUAAGCGAGUGCGAGUGAUCUGCGCUGAACACUACAAAGGAGAUCUUGAAAAUGAACUACAG